AUGUUUGGACUUGGACUCCGCACGCCUGUUAAAAGACAGGAGAGCCAUAAGUCACCCCCAAAGGUGAUCGUUCGCAAAAGUAUAGACAGGUGGGAGGCCGCUGAGCGAAGCGAAGAACUGACUGCGAAAACAUGUCCAGAAAUAACAAAGACCAAUGCGACAACGCAGGCAGGCCCUGCAGAAACAACUAAGGCGGCCACCAAGCCAGCCGAAAACAUCACCGCCGCGCGCAGGGCAUCAACGGGAAAUGACGAGUCCCCCAAAAAAUUCUACGUCAGCAGAGCAGCAGAGGCGGCAGCCUGUCUGAAUAAGGCGAAGGCCCAUUUGAGGGCCUCACGAAACCUCAAGACAGAGAUAAAAGAGGGGGUUGAAAAGGCACUCACACGACUACUUGAGCUAGUCAAGGAAGCUGAAAAAGAGCUCAAGACGAAGGGAAGUACAACGGUGAGGGGAGUAAGAGCGUUUGAUGCUCCUUCUUGCAGCUCCGCUCCCUCUCCUUCCUCUACCUCCAACGAAAGCCUAAUCAUGGCACGUUUAGAAGAACAUACAAACCUGAUGCAGGAAAGCGGCAGGAGAAUGGAAGAACUGAAGGCGACGAUCGAAAGGCAUGCCGAAAAAAUGGAAAAGAUAGAAACGCCUACCUACGCCGGGGUGACCGCGACCCAGAGCGACAGGGCGCUGCAAAAGCGCACGCUGCACUCGGUCGCGGUCACCUCGACCGUGGAGACGGAAACAGGAGAAGAAGUGCUCGAAAGAGUAAGGAGAACCAUAGACGCUAAGGAGGGAUGGGUAAAAGUGGAGAGGGUAAGAAAGGCCAAAAAUAGGAAAGUAAUAAUGGGCUUUGAAUCUAAGGAAGAACGAGACAAAAUAAAGGAUAGAAUAGGAAAAGAAGGUGGCAGCCUCACCAUCGAGGACGUGGAGAACAAAGAUCCGCUGGUUAGGCUUGGAGAUGUACUGACGGUCAAUACCGAUGAGGACAUCCUCAAGGCUCUUCGGAACCAGAAUGGGGCUGUUUUCCGCGGCCUUGAGGAGGGGGAGGACAGGAUAGUAGUGAAAUAUAGAAGGAAAGCCAGAAACCCUCACACUAAUCACGUAAUUAUUAGCGUCUCGCCCAGUGUCUGGAGGCGGGUAACGGAAAUGGGCUAUGUCUAUAUAGAUCUCCAGCGGGUCAGAGCAGAAGAUCAGACCCCGCUAGUCCAGUGCACGCGCUGCCUGGGGUACGGCCACAGCCGUAAGUACUGCCAUGAGACUGCAGAUGCAUGCAGCCACUGCGGCGGCCCUCACAUGAGAACGGAGUGCGCGGACUGGCUAGCUGGGGGGUCACCGGCCUGCAGAAACUGCAGAAAGGCGAAAUUAACGCAGAUAGAGCACAAUGCCUUCAGUUCUGAGUGCCCUGUACGCCGCCGCUGGGACGAACUGGCCCCGAACCUCCAGCGCAAAAAGCUAGCAACCAACGAGCUACUUGUUGAGGCAGAGAAACGCGGAGUAGCUGUAGCACUCAUACAAGAACCUUAUGUGGGUGGAGGGAAGGCGUUGAGGAGCCAUAGAGGCGUCAGGAUCUUCCAGGACACUGGUGGAGAUGGAACCGUUAAGGCAGCAAUAGUUGUCUUCAACAACGACUUCAAAGUUAUACAGUAUCCAAAACUCAUCACCAAAAACAUCAUGGUGGUGGGGAUCCAAACGGUUGCUUGGGAGAUCACACUAGUCUCCUUCUACUUUGAGCCGGACUCCCCUAUAGAACCCUACCUGGAGCAUCUGAAAAGGAUAGAGCUCGAGAUUGGGUCUAUAAAAUUGCUCGUUGGAGGAGAUACGAACGCGAAAAGCUCGUGGUGGGGAAGCCCAAUAAUAGAUCAUAGGGGUGAAGACCUUUCUGGGACGCUUGAGGAAAUGGGCCUACAUAUACUCAACGCAGGUGAAACUCCGACUUUCGACUGCGUUCGAGGAGGCAAGCGGUAUACAAGCUAUAUAGACAUCACCGCGUGUUCAGUCGACCUACUAGACUUGGUGGACGGCUGGAAAAUUGACGAAGGUCUCACGAGCUCGGAUCACAACGGUAUUGUAUUUAAUAUUCGGCUACAAAGGUCAAAAGGCAUUAAUAUCUCAAGAACAACUAGGAAAUUUAACACAAAAAAAGCAAAUUGGCCUAAGUUUCAUGAGAAGCUUAGCCAAUUAAUGCAAGAAAACAAACUAACAGCAGCAGAAAUAAAUAACAUAAACACUAUAGAACAAUUGGAAAAAACAAUAAAUACACUUACCAAAACAAUAGAUAAUACAUGUACAAUCUCAAUACCAAUUAAACAAACAAAAGAAAAACUUACCUUGCCGUGGUGGUCCGAGAAACUAGCUGGGAUGAAGAAGGAAGUCGCCACCAGGAAACGUAGAGUGCGAAACGCCGCUCCAAUUCGUAGGUCCAAGGUCGUUGAAGAGUACCUAAAAAAGAAAGAAGAGUAUGAGGAGGAGGCAGCCAAAGCGCAGACAGAUAGCUGGAAGGAUUUUUGUUGUAGGCAAGACGGGGAGGGGGUUUGGAGCGGAAUAUAUAGAGUAAUAUCGAGAACGACUACUAGGGAGGAAGACUCUAUACUGGUAAAGGACGGAGAGUUCCUGGACGCGAAGGGGUCCGCAAAGUUACUAGCGGAUAACUUCUAUCCGGAGGAUCUGAGGACCAACGAUAACGCCUAUCACCGCCAGAUUAGAAGUGAGGCUAAUAUUGUGAAUGUUGGUAAACAAACUGAGUAUUGCGACCCACCUUUCACGAUGGCCGAAUUGAGACAGGCGAGUGGAUCCUUCAACCCAAAAAAGGCCCCGGGCAUGGACGGUUUCACUGCGGACAUCUGCUGCCAUACCAUAGAAGCCAAUCCAGAACUCUUUUUGUCGUUGCUCAAUAAAUGCCUGGAGCUAUAUCAUUUCCCCAUGGCUUGGAAGGUAGCUACAGUUGUAAUGCUGAGGAAGCCAGGAAAAGGAGACUACACCACUCCAAAGGCGUACAGACCAAUUGGACUACUGCCUAUACUAGGCAAGAUUUACGAAAAGAUGCUGGUGACCCGCCUCAAAUUCCAUCUAUUACCAAGGAUGAGUACUCGCCAGUACGGAUUCAUGCCACAGAGGGGUGCCGAAGACUCCCUCUAUAUUCUGAUGCAACAUAUCCGCAAGAAGCUAAAAGAAAAGAAAAUAAUUGCAUUAGUAUCGUUGGAUAUAGAGGGAGCCUUCGACAGUGCCUGGUGGCCAGCAAUAAGAGUCCGACUGGCUGAGGAAAAGUGUCCAGUAAAUCUGAGGCGGGUCAUAGACAGCUAUCUUAGUAACAGGAAGGUGGUGGUCAAGUACGCUGGGGAGGAAUAUGAUAAGGGAACGAAUAAGGGAUGUGUUCAAGGCUCAAUCGGGGGCCCAAUUUUAUGGAACCUGCUGCUCGACCCUCUCCUGAAAAGUCUCGAAAACAGUGGAGAGUAUUGCCAGGCGUUUGCAGAUGACGUCGUCUUGGUGUUCGACGGGGAGACUGGGGAAGAGGUGCAGAGACGUGCCAAUGAUACCCUCGGGCGUGUCCAGGCGUGGGGGGUCAACAACAAGCUAAAGUUUGCCCCGCACAAGACAAGUGCAAUGAUUAUUACAAGGAAGCUCAAGUAUGACACUCCUCGCCUGGACAUGGGCGGUGCUGUUAUUGGUAUGUCAAAAGAGAUCAAGCUGUUGGGAGUCAUAAUCGACCACCAACUUACAUUCAACGCCCACGUCUCGAGCGUCUGCAGGAAAGCCAUGGGCAUAUUUAAACAGCUAUCGAGAGCGGCUCGAGUAAGUUGGGGGCUUCACCCAGAGGUCUUAAGGGUGAUAUAUGUUGCCACCAUAGAGCCUACCGUACUGUACGCUGCCAGCGUCUGGGCGCCGGCCACAGCCAAGCUUAUGGUAAUAAAGCAGCUAGCAACUCUCCAACGUGGAAUUGCGCAGAAAUUGUGCAAAGCCUACCGCACGGUCUCCCUGAACUCGGCGCUGGUGCUCGCUGGAAUACUCCCUCUUGACCUCCGAGUUCGUGAGGCGGCUUCACUGUAUGAAGCCAAGAGGGGUGUUCCAUGGCUGGCCAUCGGGGACGGGGAGGUCGAGCGGAUGGCUUCUGCAAUCGAAGCCCCACACCCAGCCGAGCACGAGGACUUAAAUAUCGUAAGCCUGGCGAACCAAGAGCAAAUGAAAGAACACAACUGCUAUGACGUGCGUAUAUUUACGGACGGGAGCAAGAUUGAGGGCAAAGUCGGAGCCGCACUAUCCAUAUGGAGUCGCGAGGUAGAAUCCAAAGCCCUCAAGCUUGCUCUACCAAAAUACUGCACGGUUUACCAGGCUGAACUCCUGGCCAUAUGCAAGGCAACAAAGGAGAUCCUCGGGCACAAGGCGUCCACGUUUGGGAUAUUUAGUGACUCCAUGGCGGCCCUUCAAACUAUUAAAAACCCCGGUUGCCCCCACCCCCUCGCUGUGGAAGCCAGAGAUAAUUUGAGAUCCAUAUCUCUCCAGAACAAGGUAGUUACUUUGUUCUGGAUAAAGGCUCACGUGGGGUUGGAUGGUAACGAGAGGGCUGACCAACUAGCGAAGGAGGCUGCCCUGAAGUCAAAAAAGAGACCGGAUUACGAUCGAUGCCCUGUUUCAUUCGUCAAGCGUAGCAUUCGUAUGGCGACGCUUGACGAAUGGAACCGCAGGUACCAAGCGGAAGAAACUGCGUCAACAACAAAACUCUUCCUCCCGGACGCGAAGGCGGCCUACAAAGUGGUGCGAAAUUUCGUACCGACACAGUUGACUACACAAAUCCUAACGGGGCACGGUGGAUUUUCCGAUUAUCUUAAUCGUUUUAAAUGCAAGGAGAGUCCAUCGUGCGUCUGUGACUCAGUCCAAGCGGAAACAGUACAACACCUGCUUUUAGAGUGUCCAAUUCAUAUAAAUGAAAGAUUUGAACUCGAGCAAACAGUAAAACAAAACCUGACACUUGAGACGAUUCAGGAGCUAAUCUCGGGAAAAAAUAGAGAACUAUUUAUAAAAUACUGUAUAAAAAUUGUAGAAAGAGUAAUAAAUAGAAACAAAUUAGCCUAA